CUCACAGACACUUCAGUAUCACACUCUCCUGUUUCUUGUUUCUCUCAAUAACCUCCGGACAAAGAACUGAAAACGAAUAUUUCAUAUUCAGAAAGACACAAAACUUCAAAUACUCUCAAGUCUGAUUGCAACAAAUUUUGUUUCAGACAAAGAUGUCGCAGAGAAGAAGAGAAGCUAGAGGGAGUUAUGUUUUUUCCUCUUCAACCUUCUUCUUCUUCAUCAUCGCUUUGCUAUAUUCAUCUUCUGCAGAGCUCACAGACAAAGGUGUUAACUAUGAAGUUCUUGCUCUAAUAGGAAUCAAGAGCUCACUGAUUGACCCUCAUGGAGUUAUGAUGAAUUGGGAUGACACAGCAGUUGAUCCUUGUAGCUGGAACAUGAUCACUUGCUCUGCUGAUGGUUUUGUUCUAAGCCUAGGAGCUCCAAGCCAGAAUUUGUCAGGAACACUUGCAUCCAGUAUUAGCAAUCUAACAUAUCUUCAGACUGUGUUAUUGCAGAACAAUUACAUAACAGGACAUAUCCCUCUUGAGAUUGGGAAACUGAUGAAACUCAAAACACUUGAUCUCUCUACUAAUAACUUCACUGGCCAGAUCCCAUCCACUCUUUCUGGUUCCAAAAAUCUUCAGUACUUGAGGAUGAAUAAUAAUAGUCUGACAGGAACAAUUCCAAGCUCAUUGGCAAACAUGACCCAACUUACUUUUUUGGAUUUGUCGUACAAUAACUUGAGUGGCCCAGUUCCAAGAUCACAUGCAAAAACAUUCAAUGUAAUGGGGAAUCCUCAGAUUUGCCCAACUGGAACUGAGAAGGACUGUAAUGGGACUCAACCUAAGCCAACGUCAAUUACCUGGAAUAGUUAUAAAAAUGAAGCUUCUGAUGGAAGAACAAAAAACCGAAAAAUCGCCAUAGCCGUUGGUCUAAGCCUUACUUGUGUUUGCUUGUUGAUCAUUGGUUUUGGUUUUCUUUUUUGGUGGAGAAGAAGAUAUAACCAACAAGUAUUCUUUGACGUCAAUGACCAAAACAAGGAAGAAGUAUGUCUAGGGAACCUAAGGAGGUUUAGUUUCAAAGAACUUCAAUCAGCGACAAGUAACUUCAGCAGCAAGAAUCUAGUAGGAAAAGGAGGGUUUGGGAAUGUGUACAAAGGUUGUCUUCAUGAUGGAACUAUCGUUGCGGUGAAGAGAUUAAAGGAUGUGAACAACGGCGGUGGAGAGAUUCAGUUUCAAACGGAGGUUGAGAUGAUAAGCCUCGCCGUCCACCGUAACCUCCUCAGACUCUACGGCUUAUGCACUACUUCUAUGGAACGGCUUCUUGUGUAUCCUUACAUGUCCAAUGGCAGUGUCGCUUCUCGACUCAAAGCUAAACCGGUAUUGGAUUGGAGCACAAGAAAGCGAAUAGCAUUAGGAGCAGCAAGAGGGUUACUGUAUUUGCACGAGCAAUGCGAUCCAAAGAUCAUUCACCGUGACGUCAAAGCUGCAAACAUACUUCUAGAUGAUUGUUACGAAGCGGUGGUCGGAGAUUUCGGUCUUGCUAAGCUCUUGGAUCACGAGGAGUCUCACGUGACAACUGCUGUGAGGGGAACGGUGGGUCACAUCGCACCUGAGUAUCUAUCGACGGGACAAUCUUCGGAGAAGACAGAUGUAUUUGGUUUUGGCAUUCUUCUUCUUGAACUGAUCACUGGUUUGAGAGCUCUUGAGUUCGGAAAAGCAGCCAACCAAAGAGGAGCGAUUCUUGAUUGGGUGAAGAAACUACAACAAGAGAAGAAGUUAGAACAGAUCGUAGACAAGGAUUUGGAGAGGAACUACGAUAGGAUCGAAGUGGAGGAGAUGGUUAAAGUAGCUUUGCUUUGUACACAGUACCUUCCCAUACAUCGUCCAAAGAUGUCUGAAGUUGUGAGAAUGCUUGAAGGAGAUGGUCUCGUUGAGAAAUGGGAAGCUUCUUCUCAGAGAACAGAAACCAACAGAAGUUACAGUAAACCUAACGAGUUUUCUUCGUCUGAACGUUAUUCAGAUCUUACUGAUGAUUCCUCGGUCCUGGUUCAAGCCAUGGAGUUGUCAGGUCCCAGAUGACAAUCUUGAUAUUUGUCAUAAAACAUAUAUAAACUUUGAAUGCUACGAUCUUGUAUAUAGGUUUUGGUGUCAUAAGAACUCGUAUAUCUUAUUGUGGAAGCAGAUGAAAUCUGGAAAUAUUGUGAAAUAUGAAUUAUGAGAAUUUACUAUUUACAUAUAUAUCUUGAUAAAAAUGUGAAUUUUUAAUAUGAAUUAUUCGAC